AGAAGAAUAUUUCUUCUUCCUGUGCAUAAGUAUAAUGAAUGGAAAUUUAACUUGAUCCUUUACUGACUGAGAAGGAAGAAUUGGAGACUUCUAGAAAAUGUUGUGGGUUGUCUUCCAGCACAGCUCAGCUGAAGUGAUUUUUUUUUUCUUUGUCUAAACACUCAGCCUUUCCUUCCCUUAAAUGCCUGGUGCCUCUGGCUUUCUAUCCCUCCUUAGCAACUGCAGGCUUCUGUGGAGUUGUGUGAGUAGUCCUUUAAUUGGUGUCCUUGAUUCCAUUGAAGAGUGUUCUUUGUUUCCAUGACUUUUCUAUAGAUGGAAGCACUGGACCAGCUGAGCCUGAGAAAGGUAAAAAAGGGUCUCUAACACCUGGAUCUAUGAGGCAGUCCAGAGAACCUCUUCUUUUCAAAGACUUUCCACAAAACUCUACUGUCAAAGAAUAGCAGCUUUACAAAGGGACAGCCUUUAUGUGAGACUGGGAUGUCCUAACCUGGCAGUGCAGAGACGGACACCUUCCCUAAAUAUGAUUCACUGUGAGGAGCUCAAAAUGAAGAAGAAAGAUGCAGAGGAUUGCAUGGAGCUGUGCCCCCAUCAGUGUGUCGAGAUGGAAAGGUGUGAAAGCAAAGAGCUGGAUGUUGAAAUAAGGAACCUGAUAGGGAAGAGCAGCACUUUGGAGUCCUGUGAGGACCCCAAACCUCUUGCCCAAGAGAGGCUGAGCCCUCAGAGAACUUCGUGUUCCCUUAAGAGCCACAGUGAAGGAAACGCUCUAGGCUGGCUUGGAUGCACCUGGGCAGGUGGGAGUGACAUGGAAGCUCCAGCAGAACCAUUGCAGUCAAGGCACACAUUACUGAGCAAAAAGAAGCCUUUAUCUUCCAAUUCUCUGGAGCAACAGAUCCUCACACUGGAAAGACAGAGACGAGAGCUUUUGGAGGUGAACAAGCAAUGGGAUCAUCAAUUUAGAAGUAUGAAACAGCUUUAUGAAAAGCAGCUGACAGAGAUGAAGGCAAAGCUGGAUGUGUCAGAGAGGAGAGUGAGUGAGCUGGAGCAGGAGAGGCACCAGCAGCAUCCAGAGGAAGGGAGGUGGCAAGUGCUGGGCAGAGAGAAACUGCUGCAGGAAAAGAAAGAUACAGAGGUCCUUAGUGAAGCUCUCCAUGAAAUGAAGGAAGAGAACAGGCUCCUGAAGCAGAAGAAUGCUUCAAUGACCAGGAGGAAGGAAUACUAUGAGAGUGAAAUAAGUCGUCUCAACAAGGCCCUUCUGGACACAUUGAAAAAGCAGCACCCACCAGUUGUUGGGACUCCUCCAGGGAAGGGUGACAGGAACAGAAUUGAGGAGAUGAGAACCCAACUUGAGGUUCUUAAACAGCAGGUCCAAAUAUACGAGGAAGACUUCAGGAAGGAGAGAUCUGACCGGGAGAGGCUUAAUGAGGAGAAAGAAGCAUUGCAGAAAAUUAAUGAGAGAUUGCAAUCUCAAUUGAGUAAACUCAGCUCUCAGACAAAAGAGCUCCCAGUACAGCCUGAGAGGCCCAGUUACCCAGCUCCACUCUUCCUCCCGCCGUGUGUCACUUAUGGGGGUUGUGGGAUGGUUCUUCACUGUCCGGAUCCUCGGGCACAUCCAGCGCCUCGCAGGGCACAGAAGCAGCAGCAGCAGUGCUCGCCAGACUAUCAGUGGUAUGUUCCUGACCAGCUUCCGCCAGAUGUGCAGCACAAGGCAAAUGAUUCCUCCCUGGAGAAGGGAGCCCAUCGCUGACAGCCUCCGGCCUGCAGGAGUGUAAACCAAAGGCUGCAAGGGACUCUUGCAACUUCAUUAUUCUGUUUUCUUCUGGGGUUUUUUUGCUCCUAGCUCCUUAUCUCUUCAGUGCAUGUGAUUUAUGUCUGGUAAAAUCCCUGUGAGGACAAUAGAAAAGCAGCUCAUACAGGCUGGUGAUCCUCAGGAUCCAGUUAAACUCUGCUGGGAAGCGUUACUGCCCUUUGUUCAGAAGAUGCUGUUUGUGCUGCCUUGUGAGAAUCUCUUUAAAAGCCUGAUGAGAAGAGAUGCAGUUCUUGCUGAGGAUUCAGACUGUCACAUCUGGUUUGGAUUCAAGAGCUUACAAGACCCAUAGUGGUGUGAUUUUUUGUGGUGGUUGUUGUUCGGGAAUGAUGAGGGUUUUUAUUUGAUUCCAGGGAAUGGUUUGUUGAUUGAUCACCUUGAAUUCUGUCCUCUCCUUCUUGGUAAAAGGAAAAUCUGCUUCACUGUUUAAACUCCUUUGUGUAAUUGUGAUCAGGGUACCACCUAUGCCAAGCCAGGUAAAAGGUGCCCACCUCCCCUUUUGAGUCUAGGUCAGAUCUCCUUUUGUUUUGGCUCUCAAAUUACAUGUAAAGCAUAAUCACAUGGGCUUUUUCUGUGUGUACUUAUUUAUAUUGCAAGAAUUUUAGUAAGAAUAUUGAAUGAGUUUAACUUCUCCAUGAAUAUGGCUUUAUAUUUCCAAAUUAUUCUUGUAAUGAAUCUGAACAUUGUCAUGUAACUUCUAACCAAGAAUAAA